AUGCCUCGCCCAUUUCGGAUCGGCAUACCGGUCGACCCCUCGACCGGGUCUGCCGUCCUGCACGCAUCGUCCAGCUUAGGACGCCGGCAAAGUCCCGACCAACAAGGAGCCAACGGCCAGGACAACCAGAACAGCCAGAAUGGUCCAGAUCUUGAGAGCAACUCAAUCAGUGGCACCAACUCUGAUAGUAGUAGUGGUGGUGGUGGUGGUGGGAGCACAAGCGCCACGGCAAUGAUUGUCACAGGAGUGAUAGUCGGUGUCAUCCUCCUCGUCUGCCUCUUCCUCCUGAUCCGAUCGCUACGCAAGCGCUUAAAUCCCAGCCUGAAACACCAACCCGGGCCUUUUAAGAAAGUAUGGAACAGGCUGAGCGGCUCAAAAACCAAAUACAAACGGACUGGCGAUGGCAACGAUGACCGCUUCAACCGAGAAGUCCGCAUGCGCGAAGCCCAGGACAAUCUCGAGGACGCACUGCAAGACGUCAAUGUGCAAAGGACAGUCGCGAAUGGCCAAAACAACGGCCAAGUGAAUCGAAAUACUUCAGUCCGCUCAGUCAUGACUCUGCCUGCGUACCGGCCGAAGGCAAUAGAGACGGAACAGGUACUGGGUCGAGAGGGCGAACGCGACGGCAUCGAUACCGUUGUCGAGCUGCCCACCGCCGAAGAAGAGGAAAACAUGCGUGAGGACGAGAUGAAUGCCUUGUACCAGAUCCGGCUCGCCCGGCGGCAGCAGAUCGCCGAGCGGGAACAGCGCAGAGAGGAGCGAAGGGCGGCCAGGGAACGACAUGAUCACCAUGCCCUCACGGAAAUUCGGGACCGAGCUCGCGUGGCGUCUCAGCAGGCCACUACCCAGGUCGAGGAACUCCGUGAUGCCCACGAGCAGAUCAAGCAAUCACGGCAACGCGCAGUCAGCAGCGUAAGCUACGCGGAUGUGGGCUUGGUACGCGCGGACGGAACGAGGCUGCGGGCCAACAGCACCGAGAGUGAGCGUGUUGGUUUAUUAAGUGACGCCGGGAGCAUUGCGCUCAGCACACACGACAGCCAUACACUACAACACAGAAGGCAGCCGAGCUCACAAAGUGUGCUCAGCAUCUCUACUUUCCGUAGUACCCCAGGUAGUUCCGCGUCGCGCUCCGGCUCGCCUGGUCUUGGUGGCGGGCGCAGCAGGACGGGUUCAAGGAGUCAGCUAGGCGAGGAGCUACCCCGUGCCGGAUCCGCAUUCUCAGGGCGGGCAGGAUCGAGCCCUGAGCUGAUCGAUGCAGCAGAGGCGGACCUGGGCGACAGCGAGAUGCCGCCUCACUCGCCUCCCGGGUACGACGAUGUCUCUCUAGACGAACUCACACCAGCUCACUCGCACCAGUCCGGUCCAUCGGCCAACCCAUCUGGGAGGAACAGUCCCUACAACGAACCGCCACCCGACUAUCCUGGCCAGGAGCAUGAGGGCGAAGGACCGACGCAAGCCAGGCAGAACAGGCUGAGCGCACACAUGGCCGAGCUGGCAGAGCAGCAGCGGGCAGAAGGCCAAGGGCACUCGAGGACACCCUCGAGAGGCGUUGGUGGUGUGCCACAGCUGCCGAGCCUGAGGCUUAAUAGGCUGCCCCAGAUCGUGGUCGAGCCAUCGAGCGCGGUGCCCAGGGAUGACCACGACCAGGAGCGGACGCAGUGGUCUUGA